UUUUGAGGAGCCCAGUACGGAUCUUGAAGAAUAAACCGGGAGUUAAGCAGCAUAACACGACGGUAUAGCCUAUUUGCAAGCCUCAGGGUCUUCUUGCGAUCAUCGUCGCUUUAUUUUAUCUAAAUACUAAGUUUCCCUGGAUCGCCUUCCUCUUACGUUAGGUAGAGCAUAGCUCCCUCGCAUGAUCCAGAGUUAUCUAAAUGCACACCCAGUACUGCGCAAGGCCACCACGAAGUGCAUCUCUAUGGCGUGGUAUUGCUCUGGCUCAACCAAUGCGGAACUGGUUGAUAAUCUCUUUAAGGCGGGGUUAGUGAAGAAUGAAAGAGUAAAAAAGGCUAUGUUGGGGGUUGAUCGAGCCCAUUAUGCACCUUCCAGGCCUUACUCGGACUCCCCACAACCUAUUGGGUAUGGUGCGACAAUCUCCGCUCCUCACAUGCACGGUCAUGCAUGCGAGUACCUCAUCGAUUUCCUCAGGCCAGGUUCGCGGGUACUCGAUAUUGGCUCGGGUUCUGGCUAUCUGACCCAUGUCCUCGCAAAUCUUGUUACAGAUCCCUCCAUACCUGAUGACUCAAAUGGCCAUGUUAUUGGAAUUGAUCAUAUACCAGAACUUGUUGACUUGGCUGAUAAAAAUAUGCACAAGUCGGAUCAAGGGCGCAAAUUGUUAGAUACAGGAAGGGUGAAGUUUAUUACUGCUGACGGCCGUUUGGGAUGGCAAGAGGGAGCACCGUAUGAUGCUAUCCACGUUGGUGCAGCGGCGGAAAAGCUUCAUUCUGUACUAAUCGCGCAACUCCAUGCCCCGGGCCGAAUGUUUAUUCCCGUUGAUACUGAGUGUGACGAAAGUGCUCUUUUUGGCGGCGGCCAAUAUAUUUGGGUAGUGGACAAGAGGGAGGACGGGUCAAUCCACAAGGAAAAGGUGUUCCAGGUUAGCUAUGUUCCGCUGACCGACCCGCCAAAGAAGUAAGCAAACCGUUGGACAUAAUGUGGUUUUAGCAUUCGACAUUAAGAGACCCUGAGUGAACUAUGUGGAAGACUGCCGGCAUUGAAUUUUACAUGGAUAGUUUCACAAAAGUCGAGGUCAAUUUCGCCGAGAUUAUAGCAAUAGUUAUGAU